CUUCUAUUCAGAGUUGUAUUGGAAGGGGAGAAGGUGUGUGUGGUCAGAGAAAGCCAAAGCAUCACUGCCCUCCCCUCUGUACCCCUUAACCAGCUCAACGCCCCCCUAAAGAAUGGUUCAGUGCAUUCCGUCAGCCUGGAGACCGGCUCCCCCUUUCACACAGUGGCUUUCAGAGUGACAGCUGCAUUUGAAUAAGAAUCGCUCUCCAUUCACCCCAUUGCUGCGCUUAAGGUGGGGGAACCGUUUUCCAUCCACUGAUUGGCUUAAGCAGGUCCUUCUGUUUUUGUCCGGAAAGGCCAGUUGUGUCUGUACUUUUUUUUUUGUGCUCAACUUUACACACUUUUUACACACACACACCAGAAUAUCACACACAGCCAGCCUCAGCCUUUUUUGUCCCUCCAAGGGAUCUUUCCUGAGAAAUCCCUGUCCAGAGGAUCUUUAUGAGCUUAUGAGCUUGCGCUCCUGGAAAUCAGCUGCCCAUGAUUGUUUGAUUGCCCAUGAUUAUGGCCAGAUAUUUCAGUGUUCUACUUAUGGUUCUUCCAGUUGUGGCUCAGGAGCUGCCCUCUGCCCCACACGGCUGCAUGGACGGCAGCUGUUAUCCGGCGACGGGAAACCUUCUGAUUGGCCGAGCUAUUAACCUGACCGCCACCUCUACCUGUGGCCUUGAUGGGCCUGAGCCAUACUGCAUUGUCAGUCAUUUGCAGGAUUCAAAUAAGUGCUUUAAGUGUGACUCUCAAAAGCCAUAUAAUGCCUAUCAUCAUGCCAUCAGCCACAGGGUAGAGAAUGUCAUCUACCAAACAGACGGCAGAGGAGGACUCACCUGGUGGCAAUCUGUAAAUGGAGAGGAGAAUGUCAGUAUUAGACUGAAUCUUGAAGCUGAGUUCCAUUUUACUCAUCUCAUCAUGAAGUUUAAAACAUUUCGGCCUGCUGCUAUGAUAAUUGAGCGUUCUUCUGAUUUCGGCCAUACAUGGAAGCCAUAUCGCUACUUUGCGUACAACUGCACCAAGACUUUUCCCCGGAUUCCUGCCCACUUGCUGCGGUUUAUUGAUGAGGUCAUCUGUGAGGAGCGCUACUCUGACAUUGAGCCGUCCACUAAAGGAGAGGUCAUCUACAAAGUGCUUGAUCCUGCGAUCCAUGUCAAAGACCCAUACAGUCUUGACAUUCAGGAUUUGUUACGGAUCACUAAUCUCCGGAUAAACUUCACUAAACUGCACACUCUGGGUGAUAACCUGCUUGAUCGGCGUCCGGAAGUUCUGCAGAAAUAUUACUAUGCGCUGUAUGAGCUGGUUGUGCGCGGCAGCUGCUUCUGCUACGGUCACGCGUCAGAGUGCGCACCAGUACCCGGAGUGACCUUCAGGUAUCCAGGCAUGAUUCAUGGACGUUGCGUGUGUAAGCACAACACUGUGGGAUUAAACUGUGAGCACUGUAGAGAUUUCUACCAUGAUGCACCCUGGAGGCCCGCUGAGAUUGAUAACGCACAUACAUGCAGGGAAUGCAACUGUAACGGUCACUCCAACCAGUGUCAUUUUGACAUGGCGGUGUACCUGGCUACGGGAAACGUCAGUGGAGGUGUGUGUGACAACUGUCUCCACAACACCAUGGGCCGCAACUGUGAAACCUGUAAACAUUUUUAUUAUCAGGAUCCAACUAAAGACAUUAGAGACCCGGCAGCAUGUAUCCCCUGUGACUGUGACCCGGUGGGAUCUGUGGAGGGAGGAGUUUGUGACAGUCAUACUGAUCUGGAUCUGGGUAUGAUUGGAGGUCAGUGUCGCUGUAAGCAGAACGUCAAGGGUCAGCGCUGCGACUACUGCAAAGAGGGACACUAUGGACUCAGUCUUGACAACCCAUUAGGAUGCCAGCCAUGUAACUGUGACCCCCGUGGCAUCACUAUGAUUGGGGCUCCGUGUGAUCAGAUCAGUGGUGACUGCUCCUGUAAGAGAUACGUAACCGGCCGCUAUUGCAAUCAGUGCCUGCCUGAACACUGGGGACUCAGUAAUGAUCUGGCUGGUUGCAGACCCUGCGAUUGUGACUUUGGUGGAGCAACCAAUAACAGAUGCAGAAUGGACAAUGGUCAGUGUGACUGUCGGCCUCAUCUGAUUGGUCGGCAGUGUUCUGAAGUGGAGCCUGCGUUUUUCUGUGCUUCUCUAGAUUAUAACAAGUAUGAAGCAGAGGAAGCUAUAGGUCGCUCCCCUGAUGAUCCUACUCUUCCAGGCAACCUAAGGCCUCAGGCUGAGACUGACUGUGUGCAGCAUCUCAACAAUCAGCUGAGAAGAAACCGGCGUCAUCAUCGCCGGCACAUCGCCCAACAGCAGAGGGCAGCACUGAGACGCAUCCGACAGUUGCAGCAAACUCCCAGUGUAAGCACCGUGCAUAGAGAGAGACAACCAGGUCAGAUGGUCACAUGGACCGGGCCGGGCUUCGCUCGGGUUAAAGACGGCGCUGGCCUCGAGUUCACCAUCAGCAACAUCCCUUACGCUAUGGAAUAUGACAUUAUGAUCAGAUACGAGCCAGAGUCCACAGAGGACUGGGAGGCUCUAGUGAGCAUCACGUCUGUGGAUUUACCCACAAGUCUUCGCUGUGGAAACAUGCUGCCCACAGAGCAGAUGUACACAGUCACAAUGUCCCACCACAGGAGGUUUGUUGAAAUGCCAAGGCCCUUUUGCUUUGAGCCAAACAACCAGUAUGUGGUGUCCAUCCGUUUCCAGCGUCAUGCCGUGUCUCACCGACAUCUCACCGCCUUCACCCUGAUAGACUCACUUGUACUAAUACCCAGGUAUGAUGAACUCCCAGGCUUCAAGGGUGACGACACCGCAGAUGAGCGUCGACGUCAGGAGAUGGAGUUGUACAUGUGUUUGGAUUCCUUCAUGACCUUGCCGAUGCCUGCGCUGGCCGAGCUGUGCACUACUCUCAUCUGCAGCAUCUCUGCAAUCAUGCAUAACGGUGCCCUGGCAUGUCAGUGUAACCCUCAGGGUUCACUGAGUGCCGAGUGUGAUAAAGUCGGAGGUCAGUGCCACUGUAAACCCAAUGUUAUUGGCCGUAAAUGUGAUCAGUGUGCGCCGGGGACAUACGGAUUUGGGUCAAAUGGCUGCUCUGUAUGUGACUGCCACUCUCAGGGCUCUGUAGGGCAUCAGUGUGACCCUGUGACGGGCCAGUGUCCGUGUCAGCAUGGGGCGACUGGCCGCCAGUGCUCUGAAUGCCAGCCGGGUCAGUGGGGAUUUCCAAACUGUAGACAGUGCCAGUGUAACGGCCAUGCGGAGAGCUGUGACCCUGAAACGGGUGCCUGUUAUGAGUGCACAGACUACACAGCUGGACAGUUGUGUGAGAGGUGUGUAAACGGUUUUUAUGGUAACCCAAUAUUGGGUUCAGGUGAGCACUGUCGCCCCUGUCCAUGUCCGGGACACCCUGACAGCGGACACUCCAAUGGAGCUUCCUGUCACAUGGAAUAUGCCUCCAACCAGAUCCUCUGCCAGUGUGGUGAAGGAUAUGCAGGUCCUCGCUGUGAUCGCUGUGCCCCUGGGUACUAUGGGGUUCCUGAGCAGCCUGGAGGGACGUGCCAGCCGUGCCAGUGCAACAGGAACAUUGACCCCCAGGACCCAGAGUCAUGUGACCCACGAACCGGCCAAUGCCUCAGGUGCCUGUAUAACACAGACGGCCACUCAUGUUCCGAGUGUAAACCAGGUUAUUAUGGAAAUGCCCUCACUCAGGACUGUAGGCGCUGUACUUGUGUAACUGCAGGCACUGUAGAUGGCUACUGUACUGAUGAAGUGUGUCACUGUGAUAAACGGACUGGCCAAUGCCCCUGCAAGCCAAACGUCAUUGGCCACAACUGUGACAAUUGCGCCCCCAACCACUGGAACUUUGGCUCAGACUUUGGAUGUGAACCCUGCGAAUGUGCCCAACCAAAUUCCCUUGGUACCCACUGCAACAUGUUCAGUGGCCAGUGUCAUUGUCAGCCAGGGUUUGGAGGGCGACAGUGCAGUGAAUGUGAGGCGUUUCACUGGGGUGAUCCCAGAGUGCAUUGUGAAGAGUGUGACUGCAACCCUCUGGGGUCCGAGAUGGCUCAGUGUGACCGUGUAACAGGAGCGUGUUUGUGUAAGAAGGAGGCUUCAGGACGUCGCUGUGAAGAGUGCUCCCGUGGCUUUACCGGAAACUUCCCAAAGUGUGUUCCCUGUCAUCCCUGCUUCCAGCUAUGGGAUGAUGCUGUGUGCCAGAUCAGCAGAGAUCUGACCCACAUUAAGGAUGUCAUUGCCAUGUUCCUGGAAGAGGGUGUGGUUCCCGGAGUCAACGAUAGCCGUAUACGUGAACUAGAGAAGAAGCUCGCACAGAUUCAAGACCUGAUUCGAGAUGGAGACAGAGAGGGAAUCUAUAACCUAAUAAGCCAAGCCAUUGAUGACUUGAGAGCGGAGAUAGCUUUGACUGAUGGGCGUCUCAUGGGUGUGAGUCGGGAGCUGAAUGCGACGGCAGACCUUGACAAUGCUCUGAAACGAAACCUAACUGCAAUGGAGAAAGAACUGAAGGACUUGAACAAUACACUUCACCGACUGCGCAGAGAGCUGGAGACAUACCACGAUGCUGGAUUGAAAGAGCAGUUUGAAAAAGUUCGCAUGUACUACCAGAUGUCAUUGAAUUCAGAGAAGCGCUGUAAUGCCUCCGUAUAUGGACCCCAGAGUCCUGUGGAACAGUCUGAAGACACACGUAACCGUACCGAAGCUCUGCUGAAAGAAAGAAAGGACAGCUUCAUGCGCACAGUCACCGCCAAUAAGAAAUCUUUGUCUGAACUGGAGGAAAAAACUCAUGAGCUCGACCGAAAACUCGAGCGCCUCAACAACAAGGUAUGUGGGGGCCAUGGCAAUGCUAGUGCUGAUAGUAGCUGUCCAGAUAGCCCCUGUGGAGGAGCUGGGUGCCGUGAUAGCGAUGGUCUGCUGAAGUGUGGAGGGAAAGGAUGUAAAGGAACUGUUGGUGCCUCAUUGAAGGCCCUGGACAAUGCUAAAGAUGUUCAUAAGAACCUGACCACGACCAGCGAGGAGCUACAAACCAUUGCUAGAAAGCUCCGAGACAUUGCUGCACUCACCCAGACUGUGAAGACACAAGCGAAGGACACUCUUGAUAAAGCCCAGGGCAAGAAAGAACUCUUUGAGAACUCCAACAAGAUGCUUAAAGACUUCAUUCAGAAGAUUAAAGAUUUUUUGAAUGAGGAGGGAGCAGAUCCAGAAAGCAUUGAAAAAGUGGCCCAGCAGGUUUUGGCGAUCUCCUUGCCAGUCAACAGGACCGUAAUACUCAACCUCAUCGAGCAGAUCAAAGCUAACAUCGCCAACCUCACCGACGUGGAGGGGGUCUUUAAUCACACCUCAGAGCAGCUGGCCAAAGUCAAGGAGCUGCUUAAGAGAGCUCACGAUGCAAAGGCACAAGCUGAAGUGGUGGGCAGUAAUAUCAAUAAAACUAAAGAAGCACUUGAAACCUCUCAGAGUGCCAUUAAAAAAGCUGAGAAGGAAAUGACCACAGCCUUGGAAAACCUCAAGAAUGCCCAGAACAUCACUACUACGCUUGACAACAAACUCUUAAAUUUAGGCAGCAACCUCAUGAGUGUGAUGAUGCGACUGGCCAAUUUAUCACAUGAAGUGGAUUUAUUGAAGAAUAAAACGGAGCUGAACAGGGAGAUGGCAAAAGAUGCCAAAGCCCUGUCCGACAAUGCAACUCAAGAGGCUACUGGACUUCAAGAGGAACUGGUAAAUGCUGAGAAUCGGUAUAAGGAGCUGAAAGAGAAGGUGGACUCUGUGGGAGGGACAGGAGAAGGUAACAUUAGCCAGAGAGCUAGAGAGAUGAAGAAAGAAGCAGAGGAACUGCUGAAGAAAGCCACUACGGGCAUAGACAGCCUCAAAAGACUUGAGAGAAAAUUCAACAAGAACGAGCAGAAAAUGCAGCAGCAGCGGGAUGAACUGGCGGAUCUGGAGAAAAAAGUUACAGAAGUCAAAGAGUAUAUCCGAAUGAAAGUCAUGAGCUAUAACAACUGUCAGUAG